UAAUCAGGUUUAAACCGUUUAUUUAAAUAAAUUGUAUGCAAUGUUUUCAUAUACUCUGCCAUGUGGUGGCUUUAAAACAGUCACAACAAUGACGAACGAAAAAAUUACAUUCGACCCGCCAGUCUACGAGCAGCGUUACUGCUACGCUAUUCAAAUUUUGGAAGACCCACGUUGGACUAAGCAAAUAAAAAAGGUUGUGGAGUUUGGUUGUGCCGAAAUGCGUUUGUUUAAUUUAAUGCGACGUAUUGAAACCAUAGAACAUAUAUUACAGGUCGACAUAGAUGAGGAGCUACUUAAAAAUAAUUUAUCACGUGUAAAUCCUCUAAUUUCUGACUAUAUUCGGCAAAGAAGCGGCCCAUUGCGCGUCGAGGUGCUAAAAGGCAGCGUAGCAGAUUCAUCUGAGGAGCUGCGUGGCACGGAUGUAGUAAUUGGACUUGAACUAAUUGAACAUGUCUAUGAUGACGUGCUGGCCAAAAUACCGGCAAAUGUUUUUGGUUUUAUGCAGCCGAAAAUUGUGAUUUUCAGUACUCCCAAUUCUGACUUCAAUGUGAUAUUUACACGUUUUAAUCCAUUGCUAGAGAAUGGUUUUCGCCACUUGGACCAUAAGUUUGAGUGGACACGCGAGGAGUUCAAGUCGUGGUGCUUAGAUAUUGUUGAAAAAUAUCCCAAUUACUUGGUGUCUCUAACAGGCGUCGGUGAUCCUCCAAAAGAUUUCGAAUCGGUGGGUAAUGUCUCCCAAAUAGCUGUAUUCGUCCGUAAGGACUUGCUUGACAAGCCCCUGGUUGAUCCACUACCAUCGAAAACCGAACCUGUCGAUGAAUUUACUACACCAUAUAAAUCCCUUCAAGUGGUAGAUUUUCCUUACUACACGGAUACUCGCACUGUAGAAGAGAAAAUUUGGGCAGAAGUUGAAUAUGAACUACAUCGUUGCAUGCGUAGCGAGGAUAAUUUUGAUAUCCAACACCAAGUUUAUAAAAUGCCUAUGGAUCUACUGCUUCAGCACACACAGUCUUUCGGUGCCACUCCAGAUAUAUUAGAAAAAUUACUCGAAGAGAAUGAUAUGAAAGUAGAGGAUGGCUACAUUAUAUUAGAAGAAAAUCCAUACAACGAGGAAGAUGAUUUAUGUUUCAACAAUGAUACUUCGGAAGUGUCUUAUGAAGAGGUACCGCAACGUGAAGAUGUUGAGGAGAACUGGGAUCUGGUAUAAUUAUAUAAGACAGAUAUACCAUGAUUGAUUUGAGUACCAAAAAUGAAACGCCAAAGGUACGGCAGCGGGAAAUGUACAUAAGACUUUCAUUUACAAAUAAUCGUUCAUUGACAAUAAAUAGAUAUAUAAAUUCCAUCCAUAAAUGUAUGAUUUAGAUUUUAAAUACGCGUUAGAUCUUAAUAAAAUGAUAAGGAAAAUGUUGAGGUGACUGGGAUAUAAUAGGUCGUUUUAAAAUAUUUUUCACAAUAAAUCAGUAAAUUUCUACCAAA